AAGUCAUCUAUGUAAGUCAUUUUCUUUGGUCGUUACUAUUACUUAUUAUCUUUUUUCACAAUCUACAGAGAUAUCUGUUCAAAAUCUUUAAUUUAAUAUUUUAUUUGUAAUUGACUAAUUUUCAUACUUGUUGGGUGUUAUUCAACUCAGAGUACUAAAAUGUCAACGUUUAAAGUUAAAGUAAAAUGGGGUAAAGAGACUUAUCCUGAUAUUGAAGUGAAUACUGCAGAAUCGCCGUUGCUAUUUAAAGCCCAGUUAUUUGCUUUGACUGGUGUUCAACCUGAAAGACAGAAGGUGAUGUUAAAAGGGGUAACAUUGAAGGAUACAGAUUGGGAUAACUUUAAGCUAAAAGAUGGAGCAGCUGUUCUUUUGAUGGGAAGCAAGGAAGAGGACGUUCCUAAGGAGCCAGUAGAGAAAACCCUUUUUGUUGAGGAUAUGAAUGAGAGUGAACUAGCAACAGCUUUAGAUUUACCAGCAGGACUGACUAAUUUAGGAAAUACUUGUUACAUGAAUGCCACAGUGCAAUGUUUAAAAACUGUCCCUGAGCUUAGGGAAGCAUUACAAUCAUUUUCUGGAGGUGUCACUACUGCCGGAGGAGUUAUUCCUGCUCAAAGUAUAACAGCAGCAUUAAGGGAUCUUUAUUCAAGUAUGGACAAAGGCAGUACAAUUCCACCAAUAGUUUUAUUACAAGUUUUGCACAUGGCAUUUCCAAGAUUUGCAGAAAAAAGUCAGCAUGGUGGUUUUCAACAGCAGGAUGCUAAUGAAUGCUGGACUGAAUUAGUUAGAAUGUUGCAACAAAAACUGCCUGCUAAAAAUAACGAAGAUGGUACAGAAGCACAAAAAUUUAAAUCAUUCAUAGACCAAUAUUUUGGGGGGACCUUUGAUGUUGAAUGGAAGUGUAACGAGAGUGAAGAGGAGCCUAUUAACAAAUGCAAAGAGCAAUUUUUACAGCUUAGCUGUUUUGUAUCUCAGACUACUGUUAGGUACAUGCACCUUGGGCUAAAAUCUAGAAUGCAAGAACAAGUAACAAAAAUGUCACCCAUUUUAAAUCGUGAUGCUGUAUACACAAAGACGUCUAAAAUAAGUAGAUUACCGGCGUAUUUAACGAUACAAUUUGUAAGGUUUUACUACAAAGAGAAAGAGUCGAUAAACGCAAAAAUCUUAAAAGACGUAAAAUUUCCAUUAGAUUACGACGCUUUUGAUCUUUGUUCCCCUGAGUUGCAAGAUAAAUUGACUCCAAUGAGGACAAAAUUUAAGCAAUGGGAAGAUGCUCAAGUUGAAGCAUCUACUAAGGGAAAGUCAAAGGGAGAUGGAAAACCCAAAACCAAAGGAAAAGCUUUGCCAUAUUGGUUUGAAGACGAUUUGGGAAGCAAUAACAGUGGAUAUUACACGUUGCAAGCUGUAUUGACUCACAAAGGCAGGUCGUCAUCUAGUGGUCACUAUGUUGCAUGGGUUAAACAAUCCAAUGAUAUAUGGAUCAAAUGUGACGAUGACAAUGUAUCUGCCGUCUCGUCUGAUGACAUCGUUAAAUUAUCAGGUGGGGGUGACUGGCACUGUGCUUACGUUUUAUUGUAUGGGCCAAGAAUUCUUGAAGAACCUGUUGAUGAAGCCAAUGAAGGGGUUACAGAUCAGUAAAUCAAAAUAAAAAAAAUUGGAUGAGCAACCAGUGAUACAAAUAAAGCAUUUUCGAUU